AUGUAUGGGCCGAGCCUAAAGCGGGCUGUGCUGCUUCUCCUUGGCUUACAGCUCACAGCUCUUUGGCCUAUAGCAGCCAUGGAAAUUUACACCUCCCGAAAGCUGGAGGCUGUUAACGGGACUGAUGUCCGGUUAAAAUGCACUUUCUCCAGUUUUGUCCCUGUGGGUGAUGCACUGACAGUGACCUGGAACUUCCGUCCUCAAGAUGGGGGGUCAGAGCAAUUUGUAUUCUACUACCAUGGGGAGCCCUACCCACCCAAGAAUGGGCGGUUCAAGGAUCGGGUUUUCUGGGAUGGGAACCCCGACAGAUAUGAUGCCUCCAUACAACUCUGGAAACUGCAGUUUGAUGACAAUGGGACAUACACCUGUCAGGUGAAGAACCCGCCUGAUGUGGAUGGGCUGAUAGGGGAGAUCCGGCUCAGCGUUGUGCAGACUGUCCGCUUCUCUGAGAUGUUCUUCCUGGCUCUGGCGAUUGGAUCGGCCUGUGCACUGAUGAUCAUAAUUGUAAUCGUGGUGGUCCUUUUCCAGCAUUUCCGGAAAAAGCGAUGGGCUGACAGAGCCCAUAAAGUGGUGGAGAUAAAAUCAAAAGAAGAAGAAAACCUCAACCAAGGGAAAAAAGUCUCUGUUUAUUUCGAAGAAACAGAUUAACACUUCCCAAUGGUAAGGUUCACAAGCAGGUUGCUU